UUUUAGAAUAUAUAUUUUGAAAAGCAUUAUAUUUUAAUCAGGCGCGCAAGGAACAUCUAUUUUGGGUCCUUCUACGACAGGCACCGGAGGAAGGGAGCACGAUCGUCAAUAAGUUAUAAAACAAAAGUUCUGUGUGUUUCUCACAGGGCCUCCAUCCAGCGUGGAUGCUUGUGCAAAAGAUCCUCUGGGAGCUGCUGACAGCCAAACUUCUGCACAGCUCCAAACACACCCACACCUCACUGCUGCAGCUGCAGCUGCCCACAGUUACAAAAGAGAAGUGGAAGUGGACGAGUCACAAUGUCCGGCAGUGCGCUCUGCGGCCGGAGCAGGUUGAUCCUGUCGCAGGCUGCUGGGCGUCGGGCGCUGGCCGCCCUGAGGCCCGCCACAGUCAGACCCUUCUCUGCUGCCAGCUCCGACGAGCCGUACAUCGCCGUGUCGCCUGCAGACUCUGGUCCACGGACCGUGUGGCCGGACGAGAGCAUGGGCCCGUUCGGACCUCAGGACCAGCGCUUUCAGCUGCCCGGUAACGUGGGGUUUGACUGCCACCUGGAGGGCAUGGGGAACCGGCCCAAGACUCCAGUCCACAAGACGGUUCCAGACGUCCUGGCGGCUCCCAGCAGCACAGAGAGACACCAGUUCAUCCUGGCCCAGUUUGUCAAUGAGUUCCAGGGAAAGCUGGGUCCGAUAUCGGGCAGAGUCCACAAAGCGGAGCAGUAUUUCAACCAGACGGAAGCAGAUUGUUCCAUAAAUUCCUGUCCUGAACUCUUAAGAAAAGAACUGGAGCAGUUGUUCCCGUCGGCGCCUGCCGCCUCCAUCACAGUGGUGACGGUGACGCAGAAGGACAGCCUGCGGGCCGCUGAGGCGCCAGACCCGGACCAAGAGCAGGUGCUUCAUAAGUUUGUGAGCGGAGCUAAGGAGAUGUGCUUCGCUCUGUGGACGGCGGGUUACUGGGCAGAUUUCAUCAACCCGUCGACGGGAGGAGCCUUCUUUGCGUCCCCGUCGAGCUCGUCCGCCCUGCGGCCCGAGGAGCAGCUGAGGCACCUGGGCUUCCACAUCGAGGUGUCGGGCUCCUGCACCGUCAUUCGCCACGUCCUCAACGGCUCGCCUUUGUUCGUGGGGACUGUUUUCACCAGCGCGCCCACCAACAGUGCUGCUAUCGCCAGACUACAAGGACUUUCUAACGUUCUCGACGAAGAGGAAUAGGUUUUUAUUUUUUAAUAUAUAUAUAUAUAUAAAAUGAAACUACAGGAAAUGUGAGCAGAAAUUUUCUGACUGUUUGGAUUGUUGGUCUGUUUGUAUCAGAAAAACUGAGAGACUCACUCAUUUCUCCUGCAUUGCAUUCUGGGAGAAACUCCUGUGAAUAUCAGCGCUGACGAUUCUCCAAAAAGAAAAUUUGAAGACUUAUUUAUGAAAUGGAAAGACGUCACACAACCUUCUGUAGGUUGUUUUAACACAGAGUACACAUCAGGGUGCACACACUAACAAACACAAUAUUGUUGUUAUUUUCUCCCUUCAAUAUGCUGCACUGAAUGUCAGGAAUAAAAAAAACUGUUUUCAAAAAAUCACCACAGUGCAAAUAAAGUGAUUUCUUAUGAA